AUGUUAUAAUAGUUAACCAGCAGGAACAUUUUGUCAAACAAGAUCUAAUUACAUAUUUUGUGACACUUGUGCAGAUGUUUGUAAAAUUUGUACAACGUCCUACUCUACAUCUUGUUCUUAGUGUUCUACAGGAGCAUAUUUAUUUGGAACAACUUGUUACACCGAUUGUCCCGAUGUUGCUCCUCAAAAAGAUUCAAUUAAUAAUAAGUGCAUCGCAACUUGUACUAAUUAUCUUGAAGAUGGGUUUUGUGUAAAUUCUUGCAAACCAACUUCGUAUAUAUUCACACAAGAAAUGAAAUGCUAUUAAAUGGGAUGCCCAGAGGGAACUUAUCAAUAACUAUUUAGUAAUUUUUGUUAACCUUGUAAUAUUGGUUGUUUAACUUGCAGCGGAGGUGGAAUAACUUAAUGCUUAAGUUGUAAAUAAAACUACUUUUUCAAUAGAGAUGGAUCAUGCUCAUAAUCCUGUUCAACCCAUCCAGAUAUUAUUUAGAAUUGGGUGAACUAUAAUUGUGUAUAAUAAUGUCCUUUUGGAACAUAUUUAUAAUCUUUAUCUGUAGGAGUACUUGCAUGUAAAAUAACAUGCCCACAAUAUUACUAUUCAAACAUUUGUGUAUCUUCUUGUCCAAGCUAGACAUAUAUUGAAGGAAAUUUUUGUAUAAGUUGUGCAGGUCCUUGCUAGAUUUGUUUUGGUAUUACAGUUAACUAAUGUUAUCAAUGUGAUACUGGAUAUUAUUUGAUUGAUACCACUUGCGUAGAAACAUGUCCUAAUACAAAACCUUUUGGAAAUUUAGCUGAUUAAACCUGUGUCUCUAAUUGCCCAUAAUAUUUAUAUUCUCCUUAAAAUAUAUGUUUUUAUGAUUGUCCUGCAUUCUUAUACUAUUAUGAAUUAAAUGGUAAAAAAGAAUGUGUUGAUCAAUGCUAUUCAAAAUCUUACUUAUCGCUUGGUAAAUGUUAUGAAUGUAAUUCAAUUUGCAAAGAAUGUUUUGGCCCUAAUAAUGGAAAUUGUCUUGAAUGUGAACUACCUUACUUUUUGAAUUAAUAGACAUGUGGAGUCACCUGUCCUUAAUUUUAUGACAUAACAGAUCAUCAAUGUAAAGAUGCAUGUCCUGUUAAUUUAGUAAUUUAAGGUGUUAACUGUUAAAAUAAAUGUGAUACUGGAUAUUUAAUUUAUAAUUAAGUUUGUGUUAAUGAUUGUCCAUCUUUUGCGUAUUAAGUAGAUAACUACUGCUAUGAUUGUAAUUUAUUUUGUAGUACUUGUUUUGGAUCAACAGCUAAUGAAUGUUUUUCUUGUAUCGAUAAUUAUUUCUUAGAUGGAUAAAGUUGUAAAUCAGUAUGUCCUUUAUUUUAUAAUAAAGAAACUAAAGAAUGUUUGAAAGAUUGCACUGACCUGUAUGAAAUCACCGAAAAUAAAGAGUGUGUUUCUUCAUGUCCACUAAAUUAUAUAACUUGCAAAUCUAAAUGUGUUUUAGUGCUAGAAGAUGGAUAUUAUUAGGAUGGCAAUGUUUGUUAAAAAUGUGAUCCUAAAUGUUCCAAAUGCACUUCCUCAACAGCUUGUUAAUCUUGUGCUUUAAAUUUCUAUCUUGAAGUUUAAUCUUGUGUCAAUUCUUGCUCGAAUUCUUAUUUGUACAUGGAUCCCCUUUCAAGAUCCUGUGUAACAAAAUGUCCUUACAUAUUAUAUCAUUUAGAAUCAUAUGGAAAAAGAUUUUGUGUAGCUGAUUGCGCUUACAAACUUUAUGAUUAAUGUGUAUUAAAAUGUCCAAAAGGAAUGUAUUCAAAAGAUAAAGUAUGUACAAAAUGUCCUUAAUAUUGUGAAGAAUGUGAGACAGCUACAAAAUGCACAAAAUGUUUAUAUGGAUAUUAUUUAGAAAAUGGAUCAUGCUUACUAAGUUGUAUAAAUGGUAAGACUGAUAGAAAAAAUGUUAAUUGUGUCGAUGAGUGUGAUUCUUCUUUGUUUGUAUAUAAAAAUGAAUGCUUGGAAAAUUGUCCAACAAAUCCAAUUUUGUAUAACAAUAAAAAGAUAUGUUCUCUUUCUUGUCCAAAUAAUACAUAUUAAAAUGAAAGAGAAUGUGUAGAUUGCGAUGCAUCCUGUUUGACAUGCAUAGGACCUACAGAUAGAAAUUGCAUAACUUGUUAAGAUGGAUUUUAUUUGGAUAAUUAAAUUUGCACAAAUUUAUGUUCGUCUUUAUAUGAUGAAGUCAAUAAAAAAUGUGUUCUCACUUGUCCUACAAAUCUCUUUGA